UUCGGAAAGCGUCGUGGGCAUAGUAACAGCGCCAUAUUGGAUUAAGUGACAGCACAUAAUCACUUGUACUGUUUUAUUUAUUAAUAUUUUUUAAGCCCACGGCCAAAAUGACAGUUAAUUUGGAAGAAUACUUUGCAACAACUUUCGAGGACAAGCUCCUUGUAAAGAUGCCAGAGCGGGAAGAUGACCAUCUUACUCCUGCUACCCGGCUCUUGGAGAAGAGGCGUGAGAUGGCUGAAGUUGAACAGGCUCUGGCAGCACAAAAAGAAGAGUUUCAAAUGAAAAUGGAAAGUUUACAACAGAGAAGAGAGGAGUUGGAAAGAAAGGAAUUUCAACUAAAAGAAGCUCUUUUGAAGUUUGAUAAAUUUCUCAAGGAAAAUGACUCCAAAAGGUCAAGAGCUGUCAAGAAAGCCAAUGAUGAGAUUGAUCUGCGUAAACAAAAGGAAAAAGACAUAGACAAGUUAAGAGAAGAGACGUCAGAGUUUGCCAAGCAGAGGGAAAAGCUCCAAACAAAACUGGAAAAACAUGUAAUCUUCCAGAAGUAUUUAGACAAGGUCUUGGAGACUUCAGAAGAAUUUAGUGAAAUCCGAGAAGUGAUUGCAAGAUAUGCAACGCUCACUGCUACUCAUGAGGAUUUAUUGGAGAGAGAUCAAGCUAAUCAAGAAAAAAUUGAAAAAAUGAGACAGGAUUUAAUGAAAUACACAGAAGAUAAGCACAAUGAAAUCUUAGGCUAUAACAACCGUUUAUCAAGUCUCCAAACAAGAUUAGACAAAGCCCAGAGUGCUGCAGUAAAAUGGGAAUCAAAGUGGACCCACAUCAAAAAUACUGCUGCCAAGAAAACUCUUAUAUUAGGUCAAAUUAAGAUGGCCACCCAUAAUUUAUUCAUGUUGGUAAACAAACACCAGAAACAAGGCCAAACAGAAAUGACAGAGGAUACUAAUGAACAGUUGAACAAGAUUCAGACAUUCAUCCAGGACUUGACACAAAUCACUACAGAAAUUAAGAGGUCAGAGGCAGCAGCUACAUCUAUAGGAGGAACAUCAACACAAUAGACAUACAGGGAUAUGUAUAUGUAUGUGACAGAACUGAGCAUGAAUGCAGAAAUAAUUUCAAAAUAUUAUGGUGCCAAUGUACAUUGUGAAAUAUUUAACACUGUUCAUGUAUGGUUUGCCACAUAUUGAUCAUAACUGGAAACAUUUCAGCUUGGAAGCAAUUUGGUUUUAUUAUAUGAAAACAGUAAUUUUGGGUGCAAUCUAUCCAAGUUAAAUGCUGUCACAAAAAUGUGAUAUGAUCUGCAGUAAAACAUCCGUCAGCUUAUGUUUAUUUUAGUAAUAAUGAUACAUGUAAAUAUAGCUAUGACUGCUCUUAUGAUAAGUGAUGUUUAUGUAAUAAUAAAAU